AUGGCAGUUCUCAACAACCCUCGCAUGGAACAGAACAUCGCCAUUCACGGAGAAUGCUGUCACACUGAGAUUGCCACAUAUCGUCUUCUAUCCUUCCACGAAUAUGCUACUCUAGCCAUGUCUCUUCCUUUGAUGGACGACUCAGCAACUGAAACUGAGCUUUCCACAACUCUCGGUACUCCACGAGUUGCAUUUGGACUCGGAACAAAGGUUGACAAGGCUGACUUGCUAAGGGCAUCAUAUGUCCACUAUUUUGAUCAUGAGAAGAAAGUUGCAGCAGCAGCAGUGAUCUGUCGGAAGUUUUCGACAAAGGAGGAUAGUCUGAUAGUAGGAGGAUAG